GUGACGUGCCUUUUCCGACUGGGCUCAUCGUAGCCCGGGACGAGGACUAACCGAGUGGCGGCGGCGGCGGCGGCCGCGGCCGAGACUCUAAGAAGCCUAGGACUCUAGGUCCUGCGACGACUCUAGGUGCCGCCAUGGCGGAGUCAUCGAGCUCGAGGGGCAAGAGGAUAAGGUUAGAGGAGGAAUCCCACCGAUUCGGAGGAGAUCGUGGGGAAGAAAGUAUCUAUGCCGAUGAGAUCGGGCGCCUCCCCGACGACAUGCUCACAAAUAUCAUCACCCUCCUCCCCACCAGAGACGGCGCCCGCACGCACGCCAUCUCCCGGCGAUGGCGGCCCCUCUGGCGCGCCGCGCCUCUCAACCUGCAGGUGGAUCGCAGCCUCUCCGGCCAGGAUCGCAAGCGUAUCAUCUUUGUCCCUAAGAUCCUUGCCGAUCACCCCGGCCCAGCCCGCCGCUUGGCACUCCCCAUGAUCCGCCUUCGCAACCGCUACGCCCAGAUCGACGGCUGGUUGCGCUCGCAAGCUCUCACAGGCCUCCAGGAGAUCAAGUUCUGCUACGAGGUCGAGGACCCGGAGGUGCCGUACCCUCUGCCGCCUUCUGCGUUACGCUUCGCGCCCACCCUCUGCGUAGCCGAGUUUUGCUGCUGCGACUUCCCCAAUGAGAUGGCGCUGUCGCUGAACUUUCCCUGCCUCAAGAACCUUACUCUGAACAGAGCCUCCAUGUCGGAGGCCGCCCUUCACUGCCUGCUGUCUAGUUGCCCUGUUCUGGAGAGCCUCUGGUUGGAAGGGAACGUCGGCGUUGGCUGCCUCCACAUUAACUCGGCAACUCUUAUGAGCAUCAGCUUCAGAGCUUUAUCCUCUUGGAACAGAGUUAGAAAUCCUAUCAUGCUCCAAGAGCUUGUCAUCGAAGAUGCCCCUUGCCUUCAAAAAUUGCUACUGAUUGAUCCGAAAAAUGGUCCUGCAACCAUUCGUGUAAUGCAGGCCCCUACACUCAAGAUAAUGGGCAUGCUUUCUGCUGGCAUAUCAGAACUCGUGCUUGGAACUACAGUUUUUCAGGAAAUGGUUGCCCUAAGCUUGACAACCUUGAUGCCCACUGUAAAGGUCUUGUCACUUGUCUCUUUGGGACCUAAUCUGGACUCAGUUGUUCAUUUUCUCAAGUGUUUCCCUUGUGUGGAGAAGCUAUAUAUCACGUCUCACACACAAAAGAAUAUGAAAAAUGCACGGAGCUAUGAUCCACUGAAUCCAAUCGAAUGUCUCGAGCUUCAUCUCAAAAAAGUUGUCAUCAAUAAUUAUCAUGGCAUGAGGCCUGACGUCGACUUUGCCAAGUUCUUUGUUUUGAAUGCAAAAAUGUUAAGGGAAAUGAUUUUUGGAGUCACCAACCACUGCAGUGAUAAGUGGAUGUCUAAUCAACGCAGACGUCUUCAACUAGACAACAAAGCUUCACAAGGCGCUCAAUUUGCAUUCGGACGUGAUUACAGCAUGUCUAUCACCAGGUCUCCUAAACCUGAUGAUCCCUUUGAGUGUAUGGAACCAGGAAAAUUUCCUUAGUCAGCCAGCGGGUGAAUUAGCUUGUGAUAUUUUGUGAUGCAAUAGGGUGUGCAUAGCAGCAUAUACAGGAGUUGCUCAUGGCGCUGUAGUGAAGCAGCCCCAUGUCCAAAGACUGCUCGUUUCAACAUAAUUAUUUUAUCUUUGCUUAUUCAAGAAGCUAAUGACACUAAUGAAUUGCUAUGCUUAUUUAUCACUGAAACAGAUCAUAGGGGAAAACCUAAGGCUAGUCUCAAUGCAUGUUUCAUGAGAGUGUCAUGCACAUUAAAUAGAGUGCCACAUAAGUAAAAUUGCUGACUUGGCAGGGUCAUUAAAUAAAGGAGUUUCAUCAGAUGAGAGAGGAGUUUCAACCCCAUGAAACUCAUGUGGCUCGGUUACCUAGUUUAUAGUCUUGGUAACUGUGUCAUGAAACUAUGCAUUGAGACUGGCCUAAUAGCACGACCCAUAAAUUAAUGUUAUGUUCCAUAUACAUGCUUCAGUCUGAUGCAAUGUAAUGUGUUGGAUCCUCCACUCCAUGAUUGUGGCAUACAUUUCUAUCUUUGUGCCUCAUCUGGAAGUAACAUAUUUGUGGUGUUUGGAAA